AAAUUGAAACACGAUAUCGUAGCAAAAAUUAUUCAAACUCUUCAGAAAUGAGAGUUCAGACAUUGCGUAUUCUUACUAAAAUUUGAUAUUUGCGUCUGUUACCAGAGUUUUAUGGAGGACGACGACUUCUUAUCAUCUUCACGUCUGCAAAACCUGUUAUUACAGCUUUUUAAACAGUUUGGUGAUUUCUGUCGUCUUUUAGCCAGUGCAACUGAAGAAAGAGAGGAAGAUCUAGAAAAGAUUCUGGAGAACAUUCUUUCAGAACUGAGCCAAGUUAAGCAGAGUUUUCACCAACAUAUUGAGAAGUUAAAGCCCGUCACUGCAGUUGAAAGGAAUGCUCAACUGAGUCAGAUGCGUUUGAUGCUUUUGGAAAGUCGAAUAGCUCGUAUUAGGGAGGAGUUACAAAACAUAAUCAGAAAUCAGGAGAGAGAAGAGCGAAGCUGAACGGUUUCUUGUGAAUAUGAGGGCGAGACUGUUCAGUCCAUAGCAGUUGGACACUAGGUGAUCUUCUGUAU